UUUGUAAAUACUUUGCUAUGCAAGAUAUAUUUAUUUAUAUUUAUUUGAUUAGUCAUUUAUAAAUAAUUUUUCCAAUAAUUAUUUGUUGCAUGUGAUUUACUCAUUAAUUUCACAUAGGGAGAAAAAAACUGAAUUCCAGCCCUGAUGGGAAAUAUAGCUAAAACCAGAAUGUAUUUGGUCAUUUUUUAUCUUUACCUGAUUCAAGGUAGUCUAGAUCCCUGAGCAGGUGGACUUGUAGAUGGUUUUGGUAAACCACUGUAGAGCAGUAAACAGGGGUUUGCAUUGCCCUUAAUGUAGAUCAUACUUGCCUGAUGAAAUUUUACAAAUUCUAGCAAAAAUGAAAGCAUCAGAGCAAACACUAUCAUUUAAUUUGUAUUAAUUACACUAAUAUUAGUUGUAUUAGAUCAUGAAAACACUGAAUUUCAGCCCCGCAGGAAAAAUUAAGUUAAAUUCCACAUUCUAAUGCUUUUUUUGGUCAUUAUAGUCUGAUCCAAGUUAUUGUACAUUGUUGGUUAGCUGGACUUUCACCUGGUUUUGGGCUGGUAGACCACAUUUGGUGUAUCCAACAAGCCAGUUUUGUUAUUCCAAAUCCACCACAUGCUAGCAUGAUCUUUUUUUCCUAGCAUGGAAGUCAUAACUUGAGAAAUGAGUGUAGAAAUAGAGUGAAUAGAGCAUGUACUGGUUGUUUAAUGCUUGUGUGUGUGUGUGUGUGUGUGUUUUGUGAAAUGUCUCUCAGAUUGACGUGAGCUCGGUCAUGCUGUGUGCAUCCACCUCUCAGGAUAUAAAGGAGGAGCCUGUGAGUGUGUCUAUGACUCCUGAGGUGUCUGCGGCUCCGCCCCCCAAAACCAGACACAGAGAAAACCGCAGCUCCCGCCGCAAACAGCGUCUAGUCCUGCCAGCCACCGAGGAACCCGUCCUGCUCUACCCCGACAGCACUCUCUUUGACUCGGGCGUGGUCUCUGACGUCUCCACCUUCCAAGACACUCACGAUCCGGAGCCCCAAUCCACCUGUAAACCUGACCCCGACAGCCCAAACAGAGAAUAUGCUUUUAAAACGCCCAUCAAGAGCAGCCACCCUUCCUCAUCCACUCCCAGUAAGCUUCCCACAGUUCUGGAGCCCUGGAGGAUCACUCCUGUCGGAAAGGGAGGCGUGCUGGACUUCAGCCCCAUCCGUACGCCCAGCGGGCCACAGCUUACCCCGCAACGGAACGAACACACACCUUUCAGCUUCAACAGCACGCCUUUCAAAGAGCUGGCGCUCUUCAGCUCCCCUCGAGAGCUGCUCACCUGCUCCAGACCUUCUCCGAGACGCUCCACUCCGACCUGCUCCAGAGAGCUGUUGCAAAUGGGUGCCGCCAACCGCUCUCUCACUGAAGGCCUCGUCCUGGAUACCAUGAACGACAGCCUGAGUAAAAUCCUAGUGGAUAUCAGCUUCCCCAACCUGGAGGAUGAUGAUCUCUGCAUGGCAAACAUCAGCUGGUCCCAAUUUAUCCCGGAGCUCAAGUGACUCCUGUAGCAUAUCUCAACUUCUUUUAUCCGAGCUGCUCACACUUCCCUCACUGCCUUUGAUUCUUAUUUACUUGCUAUUGAUCUCUUAAGUAUUUUCUUAACUUCUAUUGCUAUUUCACUGCCUUUUACUGUACGUGUCUGUGUUUCGGAUGUGUAGGCCUUUGUUUGUGCGCAAAACUGUUAGUGACGAAUGUACUUAGAUGAGAUUAAUUUGCACAAGUUGUAAUAUAUAAAUAUGAGUGUGUGAGAGAGAGUGUAUAUUAUAAGUGGACAUACAGAUUUGCCAGAUGAAUUAAUUUACACUACUCAAUUCUACAGUGUUUCUUUAUUUUGGAAUGAUUUUGAAAACCUUGGAUUAGCCAGAUAGACUGACGGUAAAAAUAGCACACAACAACAGAUUUUUAAGACAAUUUGGGGUGUGAAAAAAAAGCCUCACAUUCAAAUUAAAGGGAUAGUUCACACAGUUAUAAAACAAUCUGCCCCCCACUUGUUCUAAGCCUUUCUUCUGUUGAACACAAAAGAGGAUUUUUAAUUUUAUUUUUUGGAAAACAUUGGUCACUAAACAUCUGACUGUAGCCAUUGACUUGUAACUUUCUUCAGAAUAUUUUCUUUUGUUCAACAGAAGGAAGAAACUCCUACUCAUGGGUGAGUAAAUGAUGAUAGUAUUUUCAUUUUUGGGUGGACUGUCCCUUUAUUGGUUGUUUGUUAAUUGCAUAUGGUCAUGUAAGUGGUGCACUGUACUAGAAUUUACUAGUCAUUCAUCUGAAGUGUAUCAAGCUUUUUAUAACAUCCCAUAAUGUGUGUUUUAAUGGUUACAAACGUAUCAGAAUAGUGACUCAUCUCUGCUGCUGCUGCUUUUCUGCAUUCAUGUGUUUUUGCUAUUAAGAAUGAUUUAAGUAAGACUUUGCAUUCUGGAUGUUGGGUAUGACCAAGAUGAGCAUUCAGAGAGUUUUGUGGUGUUACAAAUCUUUUAAUGUUCAUUUGCAUAUGUAAAGUGAUUUGUGAGCAUGCAUCGAGUUCAUAUGUGCUUAAAUGCAUAUAUGCUUACGUUCUUCCAAUGUAAAACAAAACCAAGAAAAAAUGUCAUAAAAAUAUACAAGAACUACAUGGUUGACAUUUAUGGUGUUAAGAUGUUACAUCAGCAUUAGAAAUGAAGUACUAUAUAAUAAUAAUAGUAUAUUAAUGCACACACAUUAAAAAAGCUGGUGGUUUCCAUAAGACUUCAAAGCCAUGUAAUAUUCAACUUUGACAUUCCCCAAAAGCGUACAUUUUGGUGAUGCAUAAAAACUUGCCAUUAAGACCCUGUGCCAUUCAGAGAAUCAUAUGAGGAUGUGUUUUGUGCGAUUUCUGAAGACUAUUGAAAUAUGGAUGUUCUCUACUAGGCAUUUUACUGAGGUAACAGGCUUCGACCAGAUACACCCAUUGUCAUUUCCAACAAAGCAUACAAUUUGCUUUCUCUUCCUAUUGUACUUAAUUUUUGACAAUAAAGGGAUACUUUAUACAGUCA